AUGUCAAAUAAUAAUAAUAAUAACAAUGUCAACAAUCAGAACGCCAAUAGUAAUGAUCGUGACAACAAACUGAAAGAUAAAAUCGUUUCAUUUGAACAAGACAUUGAGGCAGCUGUCCCGUACUUAGCCUCAGAUGAAAAAUCCUCCACUUUAAAAGAAGCAUAUGAUACGAUAUCUCAGGAUGCGACAUCAUCCAACACACAAUUGAAACAACAAGUUGUGGUUAAACCAUGGGUGCAUUUUGUAGCGGGUGGUUUAGGUGGGAUGUGUGGUGCUAUAUUCACGUGCCCGUUUGACGUUGUCAAGACUAGGUUACAAUCUUCGGUUUACAGAGAACUAUACAGUAGCAGUGUUUCUUCGAAAAAUUCAGUAUCAACAGCUGGUAAAGUGCUCACACACUUUAAAGAAACAUGCUUGAUUCUUAAUAGUGUUUACAAGAAUGAAGGGCCACGUGCUUUGUUCAAAGGUUUGGGACCAAGUUUGGUUGGUGUCAUUCCCGCAAGGUCAAUCAACUUCUUUACAUAUGGCUACAGUAAAGAUCUAUUGAAACAGUUUGAUUAUUUCCAAGGAAAAGAGACAUCUUUCAUGCAUUUGCUUGCGGGAAUCAAUGCAGGUGUUGUGACAAGUACUGCAACAAAUCCAAUCUGGUUAAUCAAGACAAGAUUACAGUUGGACAAAGCGACCAAAAAAGAAUACAAGAAUUCCUUGGAUUGUAUCAUGAAAAUUUUAAAGAAUGAAGGUUUCUUUGCAUUGUACAAAGGUUUAUCAGCAUCAUAUUUAGGCUCUGCAGAGUCUACCCUUCAGUGGAUUUUGUACGAGCAGAUGAAGUCUUUCAUUCACCAAAGGUCGGAACGACAUGUACUUGAAGGUAAGGUAAGAACUAGUUUUGAUGAUGCGACAGAUUGGUUUGCUCGUUCGGGUGCUGCCGGGUUUGCCAAAUUGAUUGCAUCAUUAAUAACGUAUCCUCAUGAAGUCGUACGGACAAGAUUGAGACAAGCUCCAACUGAAAAAGGUAAAGCCAAAUAUACUGGAUUAGUACAAUGUUUCAAGCUGGUCAUUAAGGAGGAAGGUUUUGCUUCAAUGUACGGUGGUUUAACUCCUCAUUUGAUGAGAACCGUUCCUAACAGUAUGAUUAUGUUUGGUACCUGGGAAAUUUUCACCUUACUAUUUUCCAAAUUAUAA